AUGUCGAUCGAUUUAACUGGCGACAAUGCAAUACCGGAUCUGCCCAACGCGUCCUCGUCUGCUUCAUGUUCUAUACCAGCACAAUCUUCAUCUACUCAAGUGACAUACACGUCUACCAACAUCAAGCAUGGUCUACGGCACGACAAAAGCCAUUACAAAAUUUUGUCAAAUCCCAGCAAACGUGCAACUGCUUCUUGUUGGGCUAAAUUCAGUCUACCAGCUGUACGAAUAAGCGAUGAAAAAGAAGCAAUAUUCAGUAUUAUCAAAGGUUUUGCAAGUUGCAAUAGUUGUUUCGAAACUUAUUUCUACAACGACUCAAGCACAACGAAUUUAAACAGUCAUCGAUGCCCAAUGAAGCACCAACGAGGUCAGCUCACAUUCUCAGGAAAUCCGCUUAAGGGUACUAUUGGUGCCAAGCUACUCUCAAAGAAGAAGGAAGACAUAAAAAAGUUGUGUGCAAACUGGGUGGCUUGCUCAAUGCGACCGUUCUCCAUCGUAACAGAUCCUGGCUUUAAACAAAUUUUGCAAGAAUGUUUGACAAUCGGCCGUGAUCUACGAUCGGAAGGCGAGCUAACGAUUGAUGAUCUUCUUCCCUCUGAUCGAACUGUACGGAACGAAGUGGAUCGAGCUGCGCAACACGAGCGGAAUCUUCUCAAAAUCAAAUUGGUUGCCGCAGCUGACGACUACCGGUUAUCGAUUAGCCCUGGCAUCUGGUCUGAUAAAUAUCGGAAUAUUUCUUAUUUGGGCGCUACUGCUCAUUUUGUCGGUGACAACGGUAUCUAUCAUUAUUUCGAUCUCUUCUGUUCAGAGUUUAAAUGGAAGAAUAAAACGGCACUAAAUGUGUUGAAGAUGCUUGAAGCUCAAUUGUCUGUCUUUGGUUUAAAAGAGCUAAUGGACAAGAUCACAUUCGUAACCGAUAGGGGAGCGAACGUCAUACAGGCGCUGAUGGCCUUUCGAGUUCUUUUGUGCGUCGCUCAUCGUCUGAACAAUGUGUUGAAGAAAACCUUCUACCAAGAAAUAUCAAAGAAAAAUACGAUAGUUUCUCCUGGUAAAAUUCUCACUACUUCAACGAGUGUCUGUCGAACAGAAAUAACUCCGACAAAAACCGAAAUGACAACCAUAACGACACGAACUUUUACUCAAGCUUCAUCAGAAGUGAACGAAGAAGACAUUGAUGACAAAAAUGAUAUUGAUACGGAAGAAUCAUCAGAUGAUGAAAACGAUGACGAUGAUGAUGUAGUUGAUUAUACUUCAACGACAAUAGUUAAUUUGCCUCCUCCUGCGAAAGCAAUUCUCGAUAUGAUCAAAGAUUGUAAAUCGCUUGUAAAAUACGUGAAAAAGGCAAAUCUCAAUCGUGACCUACAAUUGGAACGUGAAAAACAGAACAUCAACAAUAGCAUCAAUGGUGAAGAUCCACCGUAUACCACUAGCAAUUCCAGAUCACCACCAGAGGCAGCGGCUGCAGAAGAUCAACUUCAAUAUGGUCGAAAGACUAAUUGCUUUCCUCGCUCCGUGAGUAAUUUUUCAUGUUUACUCUUGGAAUGGAAAAAUGUCCUCAAAGAAGUUCAAGUUGGUAAUUCACCUUCUCUCCAUUGUGUUUUACCGUGUAUUACCUAUCUACGAGAGCAAAUGAUCAACGGGGAGAAGAAAGAAAGAGGAGGAAUGAAAUUUUUCUACAAACGUGCGAUUCAACUACUUGACAACAUGUUUAAACUCGAAGACGAUCAUAUUCGAGCAUCUUUUUUACAUCCGAACUAUAAACAAUUGCGUGGAGCAACAAAAACACAGAUCAAGUCAUGCCACGCGUACUGUCGAGGUCUCGUUUUGCCUGAUACCACGGGUGAUGAUCCAGUAAUAAACGACAAAGAUGUUUGUGAACCACCGUCAAAAAAAAGCAAGUUCAUGUUACAACUGAUGGAUAAGAACGAAAUAGUCAAAGAACCAGGUAUGAACGAGAUCGAUCGUUAUAAUGCACUUACGGUCGAAGAGGAAUAUACAAAUCCUCUAACGUUCUGGCAACAACAACAUAUUCAAUUGGCCUAUCCAACCCUUUANGAUUGGUUCGAUCAACAUAUUCAAUUGGCCUAUCCAACCCUUUAUCGUCUUGCCAAACGCACAUUCGCCGUUCCAUGCAGCUCAGCUGCGGUCGAACGCCAAUUUAGCGCAGCCGGUAUAACAGUACGAUCUAAUACAGUUUUAGUAGCAAAAACAAAACAAGCAAAACAUAUUACGAAUAAUAAUAAAAAAACUAACUAUAUUAGAGUAUUUCCAACUUCUUUCAAAUGUAAUUCAAUUCGUUUACGUUCAAGUGAAAAUUAUACAAAAACCUUACAUGAACUUGAUAUACAAAGAUUAAAAGAUCCCAAUUUAUCCAACGAACAAUUAUACACAUUGAGGAAAGGUUAUCUAGGAUCCUGUAGUUUAACGCGUUUACGUUAUUUUGAUCAUGGACAAAGUUUUCUUUCUGAUACUUUACACACUGUCUAUGGAGGCGCGAUGAAACGUUUGCUAAGAAUUUUCUUUGAAAACAAAUUUCGUACAGAAGAAAAAAGCUGGACAAUUCAAUCGAAUAUGGAGAAGAUAAAUCAACGGCUUCAACAAUAUAUAACACCUUCAUCAACUGUUCGUCUUCCAAGAAAUAUUAAUUUGUAUCAUCGUUAUAAAGCUAGCGAAUUUCGUUCGAUUCUGCUGAUUUAUUACAUGAUAUUCAAAGAUAUCCUACCUGAACGUUAUUAUACGCAUUUGAAACAAUUAGUUUUUGCCAUGCAUAUUGGAGAGAAUAGACAAAUGCCUCAAGAUAAAUUAGACGAGAUGCACAUACUACUUCAAUAUCAUGUAAAUCAAUUUAAAAUUUUAUAUGGCACGAGACAUAUGGUGAAUAAUAUUCAUUCAUUAAUUCAUUUAGCAGAAACAGUUCGAGACUACGGUCCACUUCAGGGAUAUUCAACUUUUAACUACGAAUCCAUAUUAGGUGGUAUCACUUCAACUGUUAACGGAACGAAGAAUCAAGAAAAAGAGAUAUACAACAAUCUUCAAAUGUUAAAAGAAUCGAGCUACUUGGCAACAAUUAGUCAAAAUUCAAUUUUAUAUGAAUUAAUGAUUCAAUUUUUAGGCAUUAAAUAUUACGUGGAAAAGAAAAAAGACAAUUUUUUAAUAUUAAAAAAACGUAUCAACGAAUCUAUUAAUGAAAUAACAGAUUGUCAUGCUGAUGAAUCAGAAAAUGUUGCUGUUACUUUAUUCAAUCGUUGCAUAUAUAAGAAUGUUCAAUAUGAUUCUUAUAAUAUUAAUAAAAAAAAAGAUUGUGCAAUACUUUACAAUGAUAUUGACAACAAUAAAUUACAGUACGCGCUUAUUGACAAGUUCAUACAAUACAAAAAUGCAAGCAAUUCUAUAUUGUUUCAAGUCUAUGAUGUAAUCAAUUGA